UUGUCGAGCGGGAGUGCGCUGCGUUGGAAGUAAAAGUUUAGUGAAAAAUUACGACUGAGAAAUAAACUCGCGAAAUUAGUGAAAUUCCUUGAAGUGUAAAUUGUAAUUUGUUUAUUUCAUUAAUUUGUUUUUGACGAGGUUUUGUUUGGAUGUGUUUUUUUUUUUAAUUAUUUCGUAGUUUCUUAAUAAUAGUGAGAUUAAAAAUAUCCAUGUACGAGUAUUGUAAUAAUUUGUUUAGCUGAGAUGGCUUAGGAUUUAUGAAAUUUAUGGUGGGUUUUAGUUUACGACCAAAGGAUAAAUUUAAAUAUUGGACAGCACAUUAAGCAACAUAAGAACAGGAACUAGGCGGGAGAAACCGCGUGGUGUCCUCUGUAAUUUUAUAAAAGAAAAGUGUCAUCAUCAUCAUUCACAACCCAUAUUCGGCUCACUGUUGAGCACGGGUCAGACCUUACUCCACCACGCUCACCAAAUGCGGAUUGGCAGUCAAACAUGUAGAGAAUUAAAAAAAGGUACAAAAAAGCGGCAACAUAGCGAGGCGCUGGGAAAGUGUUACGGUGGAAUCGAUGAGAGCCCAAGUACUGCGGGUACUUGCGAACAAUGCUCGGCGACCGACCAGCCGGCCGUGACGUUCACACUUGAAGGCAAGAUGUCUCCACAUUCAUGUUAUACCUUGAAAGCGGCAUUACUGAUUGCACUAUGGUUUCCUGCUCCAGCAGCAGAAGCAAAGGAAGUGGCUUUCCCACCGGCAACCUGCCCACUAGGAUUCACGUUAAUUUACAGAAAGGACAAAUACACUCCGUUCUGUAUAAGACGAAAAGGGCCGGAAUCUUUUGCAGACAUAUAUAAAGAUUGCGUAGGAAACUUGUACACCACAAAAUUGUACCAAGACCUGAAUAUAUCGAGACCACAUUACACUGUGUGGACGGAAUAUAAAACUUUAUAUCCUGGCGGAGUUUUCUUUGACUGGUCCCACACGAAAACAAUGGGAAAUCAGUUCAGAUCUGAAGACAACAUAGCGUUCGAUCCAGGGGCCGAUUUAGAAGGCGAUUUGUGCCUCGUCUUCGAUCCUGUUAGCAAUUUCACCGCGGUUAAAUGUAAUACGAAACAUUACAGGUAUUGCCUGGUAAAACCGUAUAUGUACAAGGAAAGUAUGUCGAAGAAAGGCUGCGAAGGUUUGAAGGAUUCUUAUAGAUUUUGGAGCCCUGUAUCCACCUGUUUGACGGUUUUAAACGGAGUCGGGGGUGGGGCAGUUAGGGCCACUUGGAACCAGGCGAGGGAUCUUUGCGGUAAAAAGGGAGGCUACCUACUUAGUCAUGGAUGGAGAUAUUCGAAUCACAAAGAGUUUCGUUAUACCAACCACACUAAUCAUACGUACCCACUGGGAAUGGUUAUGAGAUCUGAUUACUAUUCUUUGAGAUACGAUGCGAUGACCGAUCAUUCAGAGAUACCGAUAACAGAGUGGAAUUUUGGAGAUACAACAAACAGCACGGACACUUUCCUCGUCGCUCUGCGCAAUAACUUCUGGCAUCUCGUGAAUGGAUCGUACACCUUCUAUGACGUCAUCUGCGAACGUACUGUACCGUUAAAAGACCUCAGUAUGGAAGUCAGCGUAGAUGCGGAAAACAAACUCACGCUUGCCGUUAAUGACACCAUAGACAAGGACGAUAUAUACUGUUUCACCGAUUCAGUUUAUUACUAUCCGGUGAGAAUCAGAAAAGAACGAGUCGAAGACAGUAACGUUUACAUUCUUAAACCGAAACAAGAUGGUUACUACUGGUGCACUCACCUCGACACGAAGAAAUACAAGGUUGCAACAUCUAAAAAGGUUUUAUUCAUACGCGAAAAAGACUCACUAGUCAAUGUUUACACGAUCAAACUUAAAUACUUGAAAACGUACAUUAUGGACGACCUGGAAGAACUUUACACCAUUUUGGAAGCAAGAUUGAAGGAGUAUAUUUAUUUAAGAACGAAAUACGAAAAAAUUUACGGCGAUGUGGGAAUAAAUGUAACUGAAGAAGUUUUAAAGGGAUUCCAGAGUAUUAAUUAUGGUUUGGAUUGGAAAGAAAAGACAAUUAUUGUGGGACUGAAGAUAAAAAGAUUGUAUGUAGAUAGAGUUUCGAUUCUUCUACAUGUGGAGCUUCACCCUGAUAUGGUUCCGGUGACUCCAGGAGUUUGGGAGGAUAUUGACAUUUUGUUCAUGAAACCGGUGUUUUACUGCAAAGGUUUUGACUCCGUACCACAACUGUCCAUAGGUCAGUCAACAAAGUCUCGAGGCUGUAGCACCCACACCUGCGUGGGUGAGUUCAACGAAGGCGUGCAGUGGGUCACCACAGCCACUGCCGACUGCACUACGAGGGCACCCAUCACUAUCGACAGAAUGCUGCGGCUACAGCCCAAGACCAACCCUAUAACGGACACGACCCCCGAAAAUAGCGACAGUUCCGAUGAGGAAAUUUUAUCAACAGCGGCAACUUCUUCGGAAGCGAAAAAAAGAACAACUACCAGCAGACCUACCAUUAACCUACCUAUAAUAACAACCCCAGUCCCUCCCGACGUGUCUACGGUAAAAGAGUCAGAAGAGGUGUCUACUGUAGAAGCAUUAGAAUCUACUACGUAUUUGAAAGAUAAUACUACUACAGAAUAUACGACAACGCCUAAUGUUACAACGAUACCCACGACUACAGUUGAUCCACCGACUACUAUACCGGCAGAUGAACAGUUGCAACAGGUAAUAAAUGACCUGGACAACCUGAUCAACGGGUCCACUCCUAUCUUAGUGGACGACAUCGACGACGUUUUCAAUCAGGUUGACAGUUUGUUCGAACUACAUGACAGUCUGGAAAUUCCUGGAAGGUUACUACAUCUUCUAGACAACUUAGGAGCAGCUAUAGAGCUGAACGGGUCUAGGACUGCAACUGCUGUGCGCAACAAUAUAGCCAUGGUACUAGCUGAUGCUGAGCCAAGUCAUCCCGUGAACGGCAUGAAGAUAGCCACACGAGACAAUGAUUCGUUCACUGACGAUGCUUUUGAAAUUAUUUCAGGUGAAGUAAACAGCACUGUUCUCGAUUCUGAAAGGAAUGAAGUGGUCGUCCACCUCCCGCAGUCAGUGUCAGAAGCGUAUCGUCGCAUCAGUUUCGUAGUGUUUAGAAACGAUCGCGCCUUCCAACCGAGCCACGGAACUUACUCUGUCAACAGCCGUGUCCUGAGCAUUAAAGUUGAGAACGUUACCACCUUUGAGAAUGGAGAGGUGAUAGACAUCCACUUAAUUCCAAUAACACAAGAAUCAGAACGCAACGAGACCAGAACAUGCGCCUACUGGAAGUUCCUUGACGACGGAACUGGCUACUGGUCUUCCGACGGGUGCACCCUUAUCCGUGCUACAGAACCGGGCAUGCUGGACACCUGCAGGUGCACCCAUCUUACGCAUUUCGCUGAAGUGCUAUUCCCAAGAUCAGUAUUUUCCCAGAAGGAUGAAGAUGUUCUGGAAUUAUUGACUAUCAUCGGAUGCUCUUUAUCUAUAUUUGGUUUAUUAAUGGUCGGCGUAACAGCCGCCCUGUUUAGAUCUUGGCGACGGGACUACAGUAACAAGAUUUGGCUCCAACUCUGCAUAUCAGUUUUCUUACUUGUGCUCAGCUUCUUGAUCAUAAUAUUUGCUAGAUUCGAUCAGUACAGUAUCUCUUGCAUGUUAAUAGGUGUAGUACUACAUUACUCCGUUUUAGCCUCAUUCUGUUGGAUGUUAGUUGCAGCAGUACUAUCGUAUAGGAGAUUAGUGUUAGUAUUUACAAGAGAUGCCUCACAUAAAUUGCUGCGAGCAUCAGCGUUCUCAUGGGGAGUUCCUUUGGGAAUAAUUGGCGUUCUCCUUUCGGCAGCCCCCCAGUCUUAUGCGGGACGUUUUGAAGAGAAAACGCCGAGUGGUUCUUUUUGCUAUCCUUCUGGCUUAGCCAUGUGGCUGGCAGUUUAUGCUCCCAUAGCCAUUAUAUUACUCGCAAACUGGACACUAUUUGCCUUGAUAGUCCGUUCCGUGUUUGCUUCUAGAGGGAUUCAGAGACACGGGGAUUCAAAUGAAGCUCUUCGUUGCGCGUCUGUUAGUUGUUUAUUAGUAUUUCUGUUUGGAUUGCCUUGGGUAUUUGGCCUCUUUGCUUUCAACGUUGUUGCUGCGUAUUUCUUCACAUUGACAGCAACGUAUCAAGGUUUUGUGUUGUUCCUUUUCUUUGUCUUAGGAAAUAAAAAGACUAGAGAUUUGUGGUUGAAUAAGCUAAAGAUCAAGCAGACUCGCAAGAUACCAGUGACUUCAUCAACAUAUUCCAAUAGCCGUACAGGUUUUAGAGGCCCUACGGCACCAUUGACUGUCGAAGCAAAGGCUUCAAAACCGAAAUCUUUAAAUCAAGAUGACUCUAGGUUUUCUUGACAAAGGUUCAAAUUUAACCUGAAAAAUACAGGUUAAUACUUUAACGGGUAUUUUUUCAAUAUCUUCUGUGAGUUUAGCAUCCGUUUUGUAUUAUAAGUGAUAGAUUACGAAAGCAAAUUACGAAAGAUCGCGGUGGAUAAAUCCAGAACUAUUCUUUUUGCUGUAGAUCGUGAGAAAUCUACGCUAAUCUAAAAACUAACAAAGUUUAAUAAUUGAGAUAUUAAAGAGGCUAUGUUUUACCUUAUGAGUGGUAUGGUUGCAUAAAUACUGGGUAUAUGCAAAGAACAAUUUGCAAAACGUAAAUUUAUUCGAUGGUCUUGAACAACAUCGCAAGGCAUUGCAUUGCAAAUACUUUAUUAACCUAUUGCUGCGUGCCUUCAAUGUUUAUAUUUGCUAGUACUAUAAAUCUUAUUUAGUGUAGUCACUUUGCUAAUAUUUCUAGUAAGGCGCUUUCUGUGUUCAGUACGUAUAAGUUAUUUAUGUUAGUGAAUAGUUAUUGUUAUAGUUACAGUUUCUUUUUACACACAAUAUUGUAUACACUCAUUGUUAGUAUUAACAUUUUGUUACCCUAAGUUGACUUUGUUACCUAUAUCUUUAUUCUUUGUUCAAUUGUUGCUACGUGUAUUUUUAUUUGAGAUGAGGCUAUGUAUUUAGUUAUGACUAUUAGUUAGUAAGAUACACUGUUAGGAUUAGUUAAUUUAUUAUUCAAUUACUCCCUCCAAAGAUUUUUUUGUUAUUUAAAAAGUCUUUAGAGGUCAUUUUUAUUUCUAUUUUGAAAUUUAUUUUAAUUAAAAUAUUGGAAUGUUAGGUUAUCUAGUUAGCCCACGUUUGUAAAAAAUAGGUUCUAUCAAAUCAAAAUGGCCUUGAUGAGAUUUGUCUAAAAUAAAAUGAAUGAUUGUAUUACAAAUGUUGUGUCGAAAUACUUUCGUUAGUCGUUAAAAAAAAGUGGCGAUGCUAAUUUGUUUCUGUAAAUAGUUUAGGUAGGCAAAUAUAGUAAUUCCGAUGUACAGAACAAACAUAAUUUAAUCCUCAUUGUAGCAUAUUAUUGUGGCAUUUACCUAUCAAUUAUGAAACUUAAUAAAAAGUUAUUUAUUA